GUCUACUUCCGUUGAAAUGUCAAAACACAAACAUAAUAUUAUAUGAAAAACAAUAAAUUAUUCAAAACAUAUGCAUCAAAUGAACAAAGAUAAAUUUAUCGAUUCGCACAAAUGCAGCAUGAUAUCAAUUACAUGUGUUGCAACAGUGGAGUCGUGUAAAGAUGUCAUAAAUAUGGAUAAUGUAGUUAUAAACAUUUUAACAAUGACUGCAUAGUUGUUAACAUGGUUAAUGCAGAAUUUAUGCCCGUAGCAGUGUGUGGUUUCAAGCAGUGUUAAAAGCUAAAGGAGGAUGGAGGAAGGCAUUACAUACAAUUAUUUGCAUUCAUUUUAAAAACUAAAUCGGAAGCUUUGUGGAAGAUUAUUGAAAGUCUGCAGAAAAGCACUGACAUUUUUUUUUUCAAAUUCAAUAUGGUUUAUAGUAUUGUCAAAUAAACCAACAUUAUGGCAAAGUAUAUGAAAGCAGAAAAGAAACAGUUUUCUAAAAGUACUCAGGAUUACAUUAUUAAGCCUCUGCUAAGGCAGAGAGAGACAGGUGAACUUUGUGAUGUUGAAUUAAAACUUAACGGAAGGACUUUUUAUGCUCACAGAGCGAUUUUAGCUUUGUGGAGCCCAUAUUUCCUCUCCAUGUUUACAUGUGAUAUGCGUGAAAAGCAAACAUCAGCGAUAGAUUUGUCAGAAUCACUCAUUGUUGAAAAUGAUGAUGCCUUUGAACAGACAUUGAACUAUAUGUACACAGGAAAUAUCGUACUGAAUAUUUCCAAUGUUGAAGACAUGGUCAGGGUAUCAGACUUUCUGUUAAUGGAUGAUUUGAAAGAUUACUGCAGUCAGUUUUACCUUGAGCUUGGAAAUCUUGAUCUUACAAACUGUCUUCGUUUAAAAUACUUGUCUGAGAAUCACAAUUUACCAAACGUGGCUUCUGCCUGUGAAGCCAUGAUCAGAGCAAGAUUUCAUGACUAUCUAAUCUAUCAUGAUGAGAUUAUUGAAUUACCAGUGGUGUAUUUGUUUCCACUAUUGGAGGACCCAUUUGUAAUUCGUCAUUGUAAGUAUACCCAAUUGAGAAAGCUUGUCCAGAGAUGGAUUGAGGCGGACAAAGACUCCAGACUUAAGUACAGUGCAGACUUGAAUUCUUGCAUUAAAUUGUGGAUUUGUGAACAUAUGUGGGAUGUUCCUGUACAUUCUAAAUGCUCAACCAGCGUGAUAAUGCAACCCACUUCACAGAUGAGAACAGCCUGUCGAGAGAGCAUGUCUGCAAGUGUUGCCCUUAUGGACAACUGUGACAUGUUUGCCAAACCCAAAACAAGCAGUUUACCUGCAAAGUUGCCAGUCUUGUAUUCAGUUGUGUGUAAUCAAGGACUUAAAUUUGUUAAAGUUAUGGUUUACAACAUCACUCAUCAAACUUGGUUGCAUUUUCCAUUGGCCAGUGAAAAGAUCAUUCAGAUAAUGCCAGCCAGACAAACAAUUGGAAACAUGAUAUCACACAAAAAUAAUCUGUACAUGUAUCUGUGUUCCUCAUUCCCAUAUCCCACUGACAUGAUGAAAAUCAACAUCCUCGUUGUUGACACCUUAAAGGUUCAGUCAUCUUUGUACAGUUUCAAAACAGUGGAUUUUUACAAUCCUUGUUACAGAACAACAUUGACCAACUGUCGUUCAGUGCCACCAGCGAUGGUUUACUGCAAUCAAAAUUUGUACAUUAUAGGCAACAAGGAAGGAACUGGGCAUUUAUUUUUAUGCAAUCUUCACACCCAGGAGUACAAGUGUUACCAAAUCCCAGGUACAAGGUUUAUAAGCCUUGCCAGGGCCACGGUCAAGUCGGACCGAUACAUUUUUCUGUGGUACAGAUAUAGAACAGGGCCAUCAGAAGAAUUCUGCAUUAAGAAAUCUGUAGGAUUUGCAAUGUUCGAUGUGAAAAGCAAGAUUUUCAAUACAUGGGACAUUGCUCCUCCUGAAGUCUCGUAUGAAGAUUUUGCAAAUCCGUAUACACUGUGUUGCAGGGAUGACACCAUUCUAAUUUACUAUCCUGGCAAGCCUACACUCUUACUUGACGAGAUACGCUACAAGUGGCUGACGUCCUUGAGAAAAAUGCCCGCUCCAAAUCACAUGACCAAGGUGAAUUCGGAGUCUAUUGAACCGGAUUUCUCACGUUUCCAGUUGCAAGCUGCAACAGAGAGCAGCAUUUUCAUACUGAACAAUGAUGCCCCUUAUACCACCUCAAUGUUCGAAGUGAGUGAAAAUUACCCAGAGGCUAUUGCCCACACACCUCCACCAAUCGAUAACAUUUCCAUGGUGACCAGUGGUCACAUGACACCUGUCCUCCUGGCUGACCUGCAGAAGUUUGAUCAGUAUGACGAUGUGUAUGCCGGGACAUUGCAUGUCCCCAUGCGAGUGUCUGAUCCUGAAACGGAAGAUAGCGGGGGAACAUCGAAUUCUGAAAGGGAAUCUGACAAUGAUUUUGAAUAUGAUGAAGAUAUUUAUGACUAUGAUUAUGAUUUAGAUGCAGAGUUUGCAUUUUAGUGUUGGUACAUGUAUGUUCAUCCUUUUAUUGUGCAAUAGACUUGAUGCAAAUUUUCAUAGGGCAAAGAGACGACAUUUUUAGGUCAAAUCUAAUCUUAGUAUUUUGGCUGUAAGUCAUACUUACAACUGCCACAUUGAUUUGUUUCAGAUUUUCUUAUAAAAUGACAUUUUGAGCUAUUGGAAAGUAUCAAAUACAUUUUGGGCUAUAAGAAAGGUUCCAAAUAAGUUGUCAAUUCAUAUGAUUUUAGCAAAUUUAGUUAAUCAAAGCCUGUGUUUACAUAUUGUUUGUAGUUUAUACAAGUAUAGCAUGACAUGCGUUAUUUAUUCAUGUAUAAAAUUACUCAUAAAAUGCUUACCAUCAUAAAAACAAUAAUUACUGUACUAAUACCUCAGUCACAAAUAGAGGCCGAUCACUGUCCAUCACGACAUAUUUUUACGCUCAUUGGUCUGGUGAUUAAUUUUAACUCUCACUUAAAAUUUUACCUGCCGUCUGGCCUGGGGAGGAUUCUAGUUGAGAUCAAAAAAAUAUAGGUCAAUCAACGCCCAGCCCGACAUCUGAUUCAUUGUACAUUUGUAUGUGUAUUGGCAAAAAUCAAGGUAUUUCCCAGGGACAUAUACAUCGGUCAGUGACCGUCUGAUGGCCAGAGGGCCUCCGCGCGAUGACUGAUGGACGCCAGACGGAGCUUGUCAUGAUACACAUACCAUGAAUCCGAUGUCAUGCGAUAACCGUGUGUUGAUUGUCUGAUCUUUUUUCGAUCUCAACUCCAAUUCUUCCCGAAACCAACAUCGGGUAAAAUUUUAAGUGAGACUUAAAAUUAAUCCGCAUGCCGCCUGAUGCUACAAAAUGACCUGGUGACUGCAAAUCAUCGGCCAGGCGCCCGCCUGAUGAUCGGAAAAAUACGUUGUCUGCUGAUCGGUCUCUAUUUGUGACUGAUGUAUUAAAACUGAGUCACCCAGUGGACGGCGGACGGCUCCAACGUGUCUUGUCUUCCAGAUGCCUGGAGAUCUGACACAUCGGCUGGCGACCAGAUUAUUUGUGACUGAGGCAUAAAGGAGGUGAAAAUGUAUUUCAAACAUGUGUGAAUGAAAGAUAAAAAAAUAAUUAUUUCAACAAUUGUUUUGCACCAGUUUUCUAUAAAAAUGUAUAGUUUGAACGAAUUAAACAAAGUAUUUUGGAAUGAUACAUUUUCCAAUAACAGCUUUCAGAGCAUAUCAAUAUUUUGCAAUCAACAUUAACAUGUUUGUUUGUUUCCGUAUAAUAAACAAAUUGUAUAAAAAGCAGUUUUCUUGUGUGCAAUAUUGUAUAUAUUAAAUGACAUUUGUUAAGAAUAAAGAAAAAAUAGUUUAGAAUUUGAUAUUUUGUCGACUGUUGCAAGUAGACUCAUUUUUAGAUAAGACUUAAUUAUAUAUUUUAUAGCUUCAAGCAUGUAUAUUGUCAUCAUUAUAUCUACACAUGUAUAUAUAUUAGUGCUUUGUGCAAUAUGGUAGAGGAUGACCGCUAUUUGAAGUAUUGUAUUCAUAUCAAGAUGUGCUUAUGGUAAAAUAAUUCUGAGGUGUGUGUUUUUAUGUAUUUGUUACAUUUGUUACAAGUUCUAACAAUUCCUUGCCAUAACACUACUCUUGUUAACAUUACCAAAACUAUCACCAUCUUUUAAGAAAUACUAAUAAUCUACUCAUUUUUGAAAACAAUUUUGAGAAAACUAUAAAAAGUAUUGCAAAUAUUAUUAAAUGUUAUAAAUAUAAAUGAAUCACUUAAAAGUUGCCACUUUUUCAGGUUUGGAUUCAAACAUUCUCACUCAAUCGUGUGCAAUAUAGAAUAUUUAUGUGCAAAUACAAAUGUCUUAUCUGUUAGUUGAUAUGUGUUGUUGAUGGAUAUUUUAUUCAAACUGUCUCAAAAGUAUUUUAUAUUAAAACUUGGUUUU